UGUAAAAUAGUUUGGUCCGGGUUAAAUUGUUUCUUCACGAUGUCUAUUUUGUUAAAAUGGACUCCCAUCAAGGCCGAGGAGGCUUUGCACCAUCAGAUGGGCCCGAACUCCAAACCGUUGCGCAGCACUCGCCCUGAUGCGCCUUCAGUCACCGCCGCCCCUUCAGUCACCGCCGCGACCCGCUCGACAACCUCCAUGCCGCUGCCGCUGCCGCCGCGCCUCCUCUUCCGCCGCCUCCUCUCCACCGCCGUUGCGUCUACCUCUCCCUCUCUGGAAGCCGCAGCCCCGGGGCCCACCGACCCGGCGCUGCUCGUGCGCCUCUGCACGAUCCUCUACCAGCACCAGCACGCCCCGGACGCCGCCCUGCAGCGCCGCCUCUCCGCCCUCCCCAUCCCUGCCGCCCCCGCCGACCUCCGCGAGCUCUUCCUCCAGGCUACCGCACGGUUCCCUCUCUCCUGGCGCCCCGUUCACCGCCUCCUCGCGCACCUCACCGCGCAACACGGGUUCGCGCACUCCCCCGCCACCGCCGCCCGCUUCCUCGAUGUCCUCGCCAAGUCCAGCAACUUCGACCUGCUGCACUCCACGCUGCUCGCCCUCCCGCCCGGGCUCCUCUCCGCCGCGGCCCUCCGCGCCGCCAUCCGCGGCCUCGCCCCCGCCCGCGAGGUCGGCAAGGUCUCCGCCCUCCUCGCCCUCUUCCCCGAGGCACAACGCUCCCGCGUUCUCGAGUUCAUCACCGACGUCGUUUGCUCCGUCUGCAAGCUCCCCGACGUGGCAGAGAAGGUGAUCAAGCAAGCCGAGCACCGGCACAGCAUUGCACGUAACGGCAGGUGCUGCGAGCUGCUGGUCGUCGCGUACUGCCGCGCGGGGAUGUUCGCCGACGCGUGCAGUGUGUGGAACGGGAUGGAGAAGCGCGGGAUUGAGCCGGGCGGCGCGGCUUACGAGGAGAUCGUGGUGACGCUGUUCAAGAACAAUCGCUUCGCUGACGCCAUGAAGGUGUUCGACGGAAUGCGGAAGAGAGGGUUGUCGGCCCGCGGUGGCGGCACAUGCUACCACGCGGUUGUUUCGUGGCUAUGCAAGGAAGGACGGACCUGGUGCGCAUUCAUGGUGUUCGCUGAAAUGUUGAAGAUAGGGGUGGAGGUGGACGGGGAGGUGCUGGGCGAUUUGGUGUAUGGGCUCUUGUCGAGGAGGAGGGCGAGGGAAGGGUACAGGGUUUUUCAUGGUGUCAAGGAGAAGGAUAUUGCACUGUACCAUGGGUUGAUGAAGGGGUUGCUGAGGAUCAAGCGAGCUCGGGAGGCAACAGAAGUGUUCAGGGAGAUGGUUGCUAGGGGGUGCGAGCCAAACAUGCACACCUACAUCAUGUUGCUUCAGGGGCACUUGGGGAAGAGGGGCAGGAAGGGCAGGGAUCCAUUGGUAAAUUUUGAGAGCAUCUUCGUUGGUGGGUUGGUGAAGGCUGGGAGGACAUUGGAGGCGACUAAGUUUGUGGAGAGGACGAUGUGGGGUGGAGUGGAUGUGCCGAGGUUUGACUAUAAUAAGUUCUUGCACUACUUCUCGAAUGAGGAGGGAGUACCGAUGUUUGAGGAAGUCGGAAGGAGGCUGAGGGAAGUGGGGCUGGUUGAUCUUGGGGACAUCCUUCUGAUCUAUGGUGAGCGGAUGGCCACAAGAGAUAGGAGGAGGGAAGCAAUGAGAGGACGUUUGACAGAGGUUCAAGGUUAUAGCUGCUUAUCAUCAUCUCAGGAGUCAGAAGCUAGGAGCCUGUGAUGUGUCCUUUCAUUUAAGAUGCAAAUACAGUAUAGUUUGGAGGAACAGAGAAAAGAUUGUUUGAUUCCUUGGGUGUGGUAAAUGCAGAGGUGGAAAAAGGUGACCCUAAGGAUACCUAAGGUGAGGGGCAAGUUGAGCAUGACAACUGAAGUAGACUCCACGUUGUGAGACCUCUUUUUCCACAGAUGCACAGAAGAUCUGUGUAAAUAAGGAACUAACUUUCUGGGAUAAGGUUGCGGACACCCAGUGCUCCGGCUCUGCUCCAGGAGUGUGCCUCAUCCUGGGUGAUCUAGACCAGACAGGGGACUGAGGGUUGCUCCCCAUUGAAGAUGCAGGCAUUCCAGUGUUUCCAGGGCCACCACACAGUGAGCAUGGUAAGGGAAGCAAAGCCCUCCUUACGAUGUUGCUGGAUGUCCCAUGGAACCAGGACUACACUGGUAGGAAAUCUCAAUCAUUAAGGGUCAAGGGUGUACAUCCAAUAUGGCUUUUAUAUCUAGCAAUCUUUGUAAUUUUCUCUGGUUCUGAAUUUCAGAUGCUUCUUCCAAACAGAAUAUACAAAUGAGUAGUCUUCCUUCUA